AGUUCAAGAGUUCAAGCGGACAUGAACGGUGCGCCAAUGUCACCCGAUCAUUUUGGACCUUCUGCUGCCAAACGUCAUCGGUUCAAUGGUCCAGAUUCCAGGAACUCUCCCUCCUCCUCACCAAAGAGUCUGGGAGAUUGGGGCCGGCGGAGCCUGGAACCUAAGAGUGAAGAGCCUGAACUGGACAACAAUAACUCGACUCCCAAGACCGAGUCACUCCUUAGUCAGGCAUUGGAGAAGCAUUCUGGGGUCUCGUCCAUGUACGACCGGAGCUUUCGGGAUAAUGGAGAUGGAAGGGAUGGAGACAGUGCAAGCGAUACAACCUCAGACCGUCCCGAGAGCCUUAUGGAUGGGCUGAUCAAGUCUUCAGUGGCUGAAAGUGAACUUCAUAGGCAACUGUCAGCCGGCUCACCCGCCUCAAUGGGCAACCCUCUAUUUCCACCGGGUUUGGAGGCCUUAUACAGACAAGCAGGCUUCCCUUCGGCAUUUUUGGGCCUUGCAGCAAGUGCUUCAGUCAGCGGUGCAGGCUCCCCCAGUGGGCCGGUAACUUCCAUUCCUGGUAUGCCCAGCUCAGCCCCUCAAGUCGGUCUCCAGAGUCAUGCGGGUAAUCCAAAUUUGGCCGGGAAGUUAGAUAUGAUGCGAGUCCGUGCCACAGAUCCCAGACCGUGUCCCAAGUGUGGAAAGAUCUAUCGAUCUGCUCACACAUUGAGGACUCAUAUGGAGGACAAGCACACGAUUUGCCCCGGUUACCGAUGCGCCCUUUGUGGUACUGUGGCCAAGUCUAGGAACUCCCUACAUUCCCACAUGUCCCGUCAGCACCGAGGUAUUUCCACGAAGGAUCUGCCCGUACUUCCCAUGCCAUCGCCCUUCGACCCAGCCCUUGCCUCUCGGCUAUUGGCUAAGGCCGGAGUCAAGAUGCAGUCACACCAUUUCCCACUCCCACCCUCGCUCCCCACCUCGGGUGGCAUGGGUCGUGGGAGCCAUGAUGGAAACCGGGAUGGUGUCCAUGAAAUCGAGGAUCUUCGCGUCUCGUCUGCCUCUUCGCCGUUUGGCAGUAAUGGUGGCCCUGGCUAUUCCCAUGCCCAUCACAUGAGGAUGAGCCAAGGUAUGCUGAACCCCAAGGACUUUGCCGCUUUGGCUGCUGCUGGAGGGGCCCAACCCGCAGGUGGUAUGGGUAGUGCGCUUCUCGACACUUACCUGUCCAUGAUUGCGGCGGCCGGGGGAGAAAGCAACCCCAUGGCGGCUGCUCUCAAUUUUCAGAAUCCUGCAAGCCGAGCAGCGGCCUUUGCCGCUGCCGCUGCCGCAGCCUCUGGCAACCAAUCUCACAAUGGUGAGGGUAAGGAUUUAGACCGGAGAUCAGCUAGUGAAGACCGAGAUGACAUGGCAGGCGAGUUGGGGUCUGACGCUGACAAUGACGAUCUGUCGGAUAACGAUGACGGGGCCAAUGACUCUGCCGCCUCCGGGCGUCGCUCUCCUAAUGAGAGCAGUAUGGACCGUGACGAAGCCACCGCUUCCAGUGGGCCCACUUCCACGUCUCAGAACAACCACGCCACAACUGCGGCCUCGAACUAAUACGUUUUAUUAUUGGAGAGGAAUUUUUUGAUGGAGAUCCGGAUGACAUAGUUAAGUAAUCUGGAGAGAAAAUCGGAGAAAGAAACAACCAAAACAAUGACAGUUUGGAGAUUGACCCCCCGCCCCCGCCCCACCGGCCCUUCAUCCAAAAUCCAGUAUACCCUUGAAACCAGUUGUCCCUCGUCCCUUCUAAGCAAACCAAUGAAUAAGGAACUUGUAACUCGAGAGCAAUAAGCUGAUCCCUUCCACGUACUCGUAAAUAUCAGGCCUUGAACCACCGAUUGCACAUGUUCUUCGGAUUGGCCGUCUCUAAAGAUGAUGAUACCACUGCUGUGCCAUGAUUUUUGAUUGGAAUUUGGAAACGUUUUUUCUAUAUUUGAUAGGGCCCGACUGACCUUUUCAGUGGCACUUCUACUUACUUACAUGAUAAUAACCACCUUCUCAAUUGAAGAGACCGACGACGAUCUGUGAGCCUCAAAGGAACCACCCUCUCAAAAAAGGUGACGCAGCAAAGCUGUUCACACGUAACCAUUUCUACCAUCCAACCACUCCAAGAGCGAGGUCCAUGACCUCCCAAAAAAAGCAAAGAAAUUUGAUCGACCCAUGGUUUUGCCUUAAGCAUCUUUAUUUGUUACUAUGCUGUUACAGAAAAUUGAUCAUGAAACUGUCACACUUACCUAUUUCCACUUUCUGAGUUCCAACCAUUUGAUCUUCUAACAUUUCCAAAACUACCACCAUCAACAUACCCACGUUCUCAAAACUGGUGUCCCUCAUGCUGAGGCAAAUAUUUUGAGCGAUCCUCCAAGUAGUAUGUUCCCCAACCCCGGUGAUAACCAGACUCAUGACAGACUCCAUUCGGAGGAUUUGGACUAUUAUCAACAAUAUCAUCCUUAUCUUUAUCAUGGUGAUAGCCUCCUCAAUGUCGUUGUGGAAUAGUUUGUUCCCAGCCAGCUUCCAAGAGUAUCGUGUCCAAAGCCACGCACACACACGCCCUAUUCGCUUUUGGUCGCCCUCCAAACCGGUGACAUCAUUAUGAAUAACACCCUCGAAUCCCCACAGCCCUUUGUUCCGAGUAAAACAGCCAUUUGGUUCCACUUGUGAACCAGAGUUGUUGUAAAUAAUCUCGUCUUUGAAAGAUUUUACCGUGUUCUUGCAAGUUUUAUUACAAACCCGCGUUACCUACCAUCCAAAAUUUUGAAAUAAAUAUGACAUGUGACGGCGUCUCCCUUGGAUGAAUUGUUCCACUGAAAAUAUCGUUACCAAGACAAACCCACCCUUCCUCCCCUUAUCACUCUCGCCCCUCAUUUUCUACCUCAGUUCAUCAAAAACAGUCGUGUAUAAACUCUAGUGCCAUGAAGCGUGUUUCUUUUGGAAAAUGCAAUUAGUUAACUUGAAAAAUCAAACAAACCCUUUUCUAUUUAUGGACCAUCUGAGCGCCUGUUUUCUUUAGUUCUCUACCUCAAUGAGCGAGGUCCAAAGUUGGCGAUCUAGUGAACCCCCUUCUGAUCCCAGCUUUCCCCCUCUUUCCCUUGUUUCCAUCUUGAAAUGAAGAACAAGUCGGUGGUAGUGAAAGACUGAUUUCCAAGUUCCAUGUUUGUCAUUUCGCAUUUGUCGAGCCCACCUUGCAUUGCAUUGAUCACCCACGUGAUCCAACUCGCCCCAACAAAACGGCUCAUCUCUCUAGUUUUGAUACCCACCCAACAACCACCACCCGUUUCUUAGUCUCAGAAACCCGAACAACAUAUAUAUAUCAAUCCAACCCCUUAAGCCCUUCAACUGAUUAUCAUGCUUCAAAUAACCAAAUUAAUAACGGUUCAUAUCAGCAUCCUGAUUCUUGAGCACACACACAUAAACACAUCACAUUUUCUGAUCCAAGUUCCCACCCCCUCCACCCCUCACCCCACUUGGCCCCUCAAAAACCCCGUUUUUAGCUGAAACUGAAACUUAUCGUGCCAAAAAUCCCCAGAUUGCGAAACACAUGUGUUACAACAUACAAUAGUGUUGAAAAGACGAGGAUUACCAAGUUACUAGAUCCCCAGGUUCUAUUUGUAAAAUUCUUACCAAUUCCUCCAAACCAGGAGGAGGUUGUAGUUGUUGUAGUCGACUCCUCGCACUGUGAAAAAUUCAUAUUUCUGUCGCUCUUUCCGAGUGGCGAACAAUAUUCAUAAUCAUAGAAGACGAAGACGGUAUAGAAAGAGAAUGAAACCAACGACCAGCAAUAAAUGGAGAACCAGAAGAGCAACAACAGCAGCAGCAACAGCAACAACACCAUCACAACCACAAUAAUAUUAAUAACAAUAACCACUGUAAAAAUAAGAGUCCUUCACCAACACACCUAGAACAAAAUGGCAAUAAAUUGUGGCCUUUCUAUCAAGAAAA